GAAAACCAAACGCGGCGCUAUCUUUGUCAUCUUUCUCUCUCUAGACUCUAACUCUCUCUCCCCAGUCCCCACUCCCCCACUCUCUGGUCGAUUUUUUUUUUCUGGCUCCAUUUUCUUCCGCGCUCGUCGGGACAGUGAAAACAAAAUCAGUCAUCAAUAUAGAAAACCCAAGUAGAAUCUAAGUUAACAGAGAAGAGAGAGAGAGAGAGAGAGAGGGGGGGGGGCAAUGCUGGAUUGGACUGGAACUUAGUCAAAGCCGACCAAAGAGGAGAGCGUAUAUGGGUGGCGGAACGACACUGGUGGACGGGAUUCGUCGCCUUUUUCAACGUCGACCUUCUUCUGCAAUCAAGUCCUCUGAUGACGAGCCUAGUCACGAUCAUAACUAUCACAAUGCCGAUCGUAUUGCUAGUACCAACCAUAGCCACAAGCUCGUGAGAGAUUUACGCGCUCAAUUAGCUACUAUUCCCAGACAGGAGAGAGAAGAAGGCGAGGAGGCCGAAGACGGGUUCGCGAUUGAGGAUGAUUUUGAUAUCUCUGGCUUGAAGCAUAUCAAGGUUCCCACACGGGCGUUCUUCAAAGCUGCUUCUAUGGAUCCUUCUAAGAAGGGCACUCCAGAAACAGAGUUCUUCACUGAGUAUGGAGAGGCAAGCCAAUAUCAGGUCCAAGAAGUUAUUGGAAAAGGAAGUUAUGGUGUCGUAGGUUCUGCAAUUGAUGCUCGUACGGGGGAAAGGGUUGCGAUUAAGAAAAUUAAUGAUGUAUUUGAGCAUGUCUCUGAUGCCACAAGGAUCCUAAGAGAAAUCAAACUCCUUCGGCUGCUCCGGCAUCCUGAUAUAGUAGAAAUUAAGCAUAUAAUGCUUCCUCCUUCAAGGAGAGAGUUCAAGGAUAUCUAUGUUGUGUUUGAGCUGAUGGAAUCUGACCUUCAUCAAGUAAUCAAGGCAAAUGAUGAUCUUACACCUGAGCACCACCAAUUUUUUUUGUACCAACUUCUUCGAGGCCUGAAAUAUAUACAUUCCGCGAAUGUGUUUCAUCGUGACUUAAAGCCCAAAAAUAUUCUCGCCAAUGCUGAUUGCAAACUGAAAAUAUGUGAUUUUGGGCUUGCUCGAGUUUCCUUUAAUGAUGCGCCUUCUGCUAUAUUCUGGACUGACUAUGUUGCAACUCGGUGGUAUCGUGCGCCAGAAUUAUGUGGCUCUUUUUUCUCAAAAUAUACCCCUGGAAUUGAUAUUUGGAGCAUCGGAUGCAUAUUUGCGGAAAUGCUCUCCGGGAAGCCAUUAUUUCCCGGUAAAAAUGUGGUGCACCAAUUGGAUUUGAUGACUGAUUUACUUGGUACUCCUCCUGCUGAAACCAUUUCGAGGAUUCGUAAUGAGAAGGCUAGAAGGUACCUUAGUAACAUGCGGAAAAAGCAAUCAGUUCCACUUUCUCAAAAGUUUCCUUAUGCAGAUCCAUUGGCCCUUCGUCUACUGGAACGCCUACUUGCAUUUGAUCCUAAAGAUCGUCCUUCCGCUGAAGAGGCAUUAAGUGAUCCUUAUUUCCGCGGUUUGGCGAACGUUGAGCGUGAACCUGCAUCUCCUCAACCCAUUUCAAAACUUGAGUUUGAGUUUGAGAGAAGAAAAUUGACUAAAGAGGACAUUCUAGAGUAUCAUCCUCAAAUGCUUCAGGAAUAUCUGCGUGGUGGAGAUCAGACCAGCUUCAUGUAUCCAAGUGGGGUUGAUCGGUUCAAGCGACAGUUUGCACAUCUUGAGGAGCACUACGGCAAAGGUGAACGAAGCACUCCUUUGCAGAGACAGCAUGCCUCUUUGCCUAGAGAACGAGUGCCUGCUCUGAAGGAUGAAGCUGGUCGAGACAAUGACUUUGAAAGGCGAACCAAUGCAGCUGUAGCAACAACUCUUCACAGUCCUGAUGGGACUGAAGCUGCACAAAAUGGACCCUCCAAGCCAGACCAAGGUACACGUAGCCUGUUGAAGAGUGCCAGCAUCAGUGCUUCCAAAUGUGUAGGUGAGAAGCCAAGUAACGGUCUAGAGGAUGAGCCUAUUGAAGAGGUGAAUGAUGAGGAAGGAGAGGGAUUGCCAGUUCAUGCUUAGAGCAAAACUGUUUAUUUUGAUACAAUUUUGUAAGGGUUCAGAGGCAUUAAUCAUAUGCCCCCCCCUCUGUUUGCAAAUAGAAGAAAAUAAUUUUGUGCAUAGUUGUUUGAAGUACUGUUUUUAAAAUAUUGUGUUUUUUCCCCUCCAGAACCUGAUUUUAGGGACUCCAUUAUGAACAUCUUGUACUUGACUAUCUAUGUUUGAAAAUGGAGAAGCAAUGUAUUCAAAUCAUAAAUUAUUAUGAAAUAGCAGAGAGGGGCGGUCCUUGAAGCUUUCUGUCUUUUAAACAA